UACGGGUGUGAGUAAUGUAGGCGGCAGUUUAGUACAAUGUCAUACCUAAAGACACAUAUGCGGACACACACAGGUGAGAAACCGUAUCAAUGUGAGGAAUGUAGCAGCUACUUCAGUACACUGGAUCACUUGAGGAGGCAUAUCAGAACACACAACGGUGAAAAACGGUACACGCGUGAGGAGUGCGGUAGACAGUUCAGUUAUUUGUUCAGUCUGAAGACACACAUGCGGACUCACACUGGUGAGAAACCGUACAGGUGUGAGGAAUGUUGCAUGCAGUUCAGCAGGGUGGAUGAAUUGAAAAUCCACAUGAGAACUCACACGGGUGAGAAACCGUACAAGUGUGAGGUGUGCGGCAUGCAGUUUAGUUGGCUGUCAAAUCUAAAGACACACAUUAGGAUUCAUACGGGUGAGAAACCCUACAGGUGUGAGGAGUGCAGCAAGCAGUUCGGUAACCUGGGUAAUCUAAAGAGACACGUGGGGACACACACUGGUGAGAAGCCGUACAAGUGUGAGGAGUGCGGCAGACAGUUUAGUCUGCUGUAUAAUCUAAAGACACACAUGCGGACUCACACUGGUGAGAAACCGUACGUAUGCAAGGUGUGCAGCAGAAAGUUUAUUCAGCUGGUAAGUUUAAAGAGACACAUGCGGACUUACACAAGAGAAAUCGAACACGUGUGAAAAUGCAACAAAAACAACGAUUUUGCAUCACGAUCGACGCAUGUCCUGCAUAUAUACUUUUACUAGUAGUCUGUUUAAAACUGGAAGUACAAUGUAGUGUCUAAAAAGGCGAGAGUGCAGUAUUUCGACAACCUGUAGACAGCUUUUUCUUGAUGCCACGAUCACGAUCGUUGUAUGCUCCGUAGAAUCUUUAUUAGAUCUAGAAGUACUUCAAAUAGAGUGUA